AUGCUUCAUGUUAGGGAGCUAUGUGGUAAUUCAAUCAGCUGUAACAAAAAGAAGGUGAACUUUCAAGAGCAAUACCAAAAGAUACAGAAAUCAAAACCUAUAAUUUGGAAAUAUCAAGGGACACAGAGGAUUGCUGAUGUUGCAUUAGAACACAUAUGCUUAGAUGUUCAGACUCCAAACGGGCUUAUUGAAACAGAAAUAUUAGCACUGGUGGUCUUAAUGGCACCUUUUGUUGUUAUGAAGUUGGAUAUAUUGGAGAACAUGCUAUUAAUGGGUUACAAUGUAAUCAUCUACGGAAACACAUAUUUUCUCAAGGUCAAGGCGAAUCCCAUCGCUGCUGCAACUGAUGAUGUUUCUCCCUUAUCGCCCGAUGUGAUAGUUCUUGAUGUUAGUGCACAAGUGGCGUCUGCCAAUGUGAAUGUUGAAACAACGACAUCAAUUGUAUUGCCUGUAUCUGAAGCUAAAGCUACAAAGGAUAGCAACUCCAUACAUAUCCUUGACUGUCUCUCUCCUACCGCUUCCACCGUUUUCUAUCAGGUGAUGAAAUUGAUGUUGGGUACGAUUUGGAUAAUUUUAGGAUUAUUUCCAGUCUUAGCCCUAGACAGUUUGAUUGUGUGGUUGUCGAUGGCUGAACUGCUAAAGUUUUCUCCUAAAGUCCCUGAAAUUGCAUCAAAUCAAAGCCCACUCCUUCAGGUGUGGAUUGUGUCAUAUUUUGACGGACUGGAAUUACAGAUUCCAUUCCAUAGUGGAACUAGAAUUGGAAUUCAAGAUUUCAAAUGGCCUGAAGGAAGGAAAAUGGAAAGCCACACUCAGGUUCCACAAACUUGUCCUCAAAGGGGUGUGAUUCCAUAUGAUUUGAUAUCUGUUGAGAGCAUCAGUGGUGUCAAGGAAGGAAAAUAGAAAGCCACUCAGUUUCUACAAACCUAUUUCAAAGUGAAGAAAAAAUCUCACAUCACCUAGUUAUAA